AUGGCGCCGCCGCCGCGGGAGCUGGUCAGCGACGUCAUCUCUGAGAUCCUCCUCCGUCUCCCGCCGGACGAGCCCGAGUGCCUCUUCCGCGCGGCCCUCGUCUGCAAGCCAUGGCUCCGCACCAUCUCUGACCCUGCCUUCCUCCGCCGCUACCGCGCCUUCCACGGAACCCCUCCUCUCCUCGGCCUCGUCGACACGGACCCGAAAAUCAACAGGGGCUGGUCUUUCCGCCUCGUCCCCACCAGAGCAGUGCCCGCCUUCCCUUUUCCGGCGCCCGAUGCCCGUUGUGGGUUGCCCCUCGACUGCCGCCACUGCCGCGUCCUCGUCGGCAUGGUUGAAGACGGGCGUGUGAAUUACCUUGUCUGUGACCCUGUUACGGGCGUCCGCUAUCGCCUGCCCCAGCUGGAAGUCAGGUACAUCUGCAACGCUGCUGCGGUGUUCUGCGCUGCCGCUGGCUGCAAACACCUCGACUGCCACGACGGUCCCUUCUGUGUGGUCUUAAUGAUCGGAUACUGCUCAACUAAUUCAAUGUUAGCAACAUGUUAUUCGUCGGAGAUAGGCGCAUGGAGCGAGGAAGCCACAUGGCAAGGCAUUGGUGCCCGUCAACUCUACGGGCGUGGUGCCCUUAUUGGAGAUGAAAUCUACUUCAUGCUAUCAGGGAAUACUGGAAUUAUCAAGUAUGACUGGGGGAAGAAUUGCUUGUCUCUGGUUAAUCCCCCGCCAUCGGCAGUGUACAACAAUCGGGUUACCCUCAUGAUGAUGGAGUGUUCUCUUGGGCUCGCUGGCAUUGAGCAUUCCAGUCUUUAUCUGUGGUCCAGAAGGGUGAGUUCAGAGGAAACUGCAGAAUGGGUACAGUGCAGGGUCAUUGAUCUGGACACAAUGAUGCCUAUGGCAAAUCCGAGUGAUGGAGCAUCUGUGUUUGGCUUCGCAGAGGGUGUGGAUGUCAUCUUCGUCAGAACACUUGUUGGAUUAUUCAUGAUGGAGCUCAAGUCAGGGCGAGUGAGGAAAGUUCACAAGAUUAACCCUGGUUUAAGCGUCCUACCUUACAUGGGCUUCUACACUCCUGGUAUUAUGCUAGCGCCUGCUUAUAUUUUGGACUUCUUUGUCAGCUUCCAUAUGUUUGCUUCGUUAUUAGUUGGUUCUGGCUUGUGA